AAUGUUUGUCAUAUUUUGUUUUCUGUUGAUGAUCAGAGUCGGUUGCACCACAGAUGAUCAGACAUUUAAGAUAAAGUCUGUUGCUGCUCAACAAAAUGUGACCCUGGAAUGUCCUCGUGAGAAAAGCUUGGAUACUUCUCAGUAUCUGUACUGGAUCAGAAUCAUUUCUGGUCACCAGCUUGAAUUCUUGGGAGGAACAUAUGGCUUUGAUUAUGGAGAAGUUAAUCAAACUCCUCAUUUUACAACCAAACAAGAACCUGGAACUUUCAUUCUGCACAUUCACCAAACUCAGAUCAAUGACACUGGACUUUACUACUGCAUCCGGACCAGCUGGAAUAACAUGACCUUUUUGAGAGGAGUAUUUCUCGAAGUUAAAGGACCCCAGUCUUCCAUCUCUAGCAUCAUUCAAGCUCCUCCGUCUGAUGCGGUCCAUCCAGGAGAGUCGGUGUCUCUGCAGUGUUCGGUCCUCUCUGACUCUGAGAAGAAAACAUGUUCAGAAGAUUACAGAGUUCACUGGUUCAGAGCAGGAUCACAUCAAUCUCACCCCAGUUUCAUUUAUACUCAUGGAGGCAAAGCAGAGUGUGGAAACUCUUCACAGAAAUGUUUCUAUAACUUCUCUAAGAAGGUCAAUGUCUCUGAUGCUGGUACUUAUUACUGUGCUGUGGCUGCAUGUGGAGAGGUCAUGUUUCGAAAUGGAGCAAAACUGGACAAGAAAGAUUCCAACAAAAGACCUUUGAAUCACACAGAAAUAGCUCUUUGUUUUGUCUGUGUUGCUUUGGCUGCAAGUGUGACUGUUUCAGUCUAUCUCAUUUGGACCAUCAAGAAGAGGAAUUGUAACUGUGGUGCUGAACCAGCCAGCAGUGAUCAGCAGAGAGACGAAGCUUCAUUGACCUAUUCUGCACCAACCUUCAACAGAAGAAAAGUCACCAAAGCAGAAAGAGGAAACACACACUCUGCUCAGAAAGAGACGGUCUACACUGACGUGCGUUUUCACCACUGAACGAGUGAAACUCUUAUUCUGAUAAAUAAUGGUGAUGUGAUGUUUCCCUUCCCAUACAACCUGAUAGCAGAUGCAGUUAACAGUAGUCCAGUAAGAAAUGUAGUUUAUUGGAAUUUCUGUGAUCAAGUAGUGAUUUGUGUUAUUUUUGCCAUUACAAUUUCUUUUCAGCUACUCAUAAGUACAAUUUUUACCAUGUAAUAUUAUUUCAAAUUGAUGUUGAAAGUUUUGGAUCUGUAUUUGUUGCACAUUGUUUUUUUUUAACAGAUGAAAUCAGUUUUAAUAUGAAUUUUCUUGAACUUCAUUAGUACAAUAACAUUUCCAAAAUAGAAAAUAAAUACAACAGCGGUUGCAGUUCAGUGCACAUCAUCAGCACUUUACACAUCUGGUUUAAAUAGCCACACAUUCCACUCAAAUUUCUUGUUGAUGAUAAUAAACAUUAAACUGAAACUUAAAUGUCAUUUUCUGCUCAUCUUACUGUCACCAUGCUGAUAUUGAUGUUGUUUCUUCAGAAAACUGAAUCCAACAACAAGUUCUAAAAAUCUCCUCUGUUGUUCUGUACCAGUGUUUUUCUCUUGAUGGUGUGUUGAAAGUAUCUAGUU